CAGUAAUUCAUUUGAAGUUUCGAACCGGCGAACGUUAACUGAGCGACAUCUUGUUUAUAGAGUGCGUCAAAAAUGUUUACCAUGUAUUUAUGCUGGUUUUGCCUCUGUUCUCUAAUCCUACAAUGCUUUUCUGCUCGUACUACAAUAAAAGCAAGCAACAAACAUUCGUGUUACUCGAAUCCAGAGCUGGACAAAAAUUUCAAGGAAGUGAUUAAAAGUCCUCGACCUCACGAAUAUCUGAAGCUUGAAGAUCUUCCAGUUACAUGGGAUUGGAGAAACGCGAAUGGUGUGAAUUAUGCCAGCACACGAAACCAACACAUUCCGCAAUACUGCGGUUCGUGUUGGGCCAUGGGAACGACCAGUGCACUAUCUGACCGUAUAAAUAUUCAGAGAAAGGGAAAAUGGCCAGUGAAUUAUCUUUCUGUUCAAAACGUCAUUGACUGUGGUAACGCAGGCUCAUGUGAAGGUGGUAACAUGAUACCUGUAUAUGAAUACGCCAAGAAAGAGGGUAUCCCCGAUGAAACGUGCAACAACUAUCAAGCAAAAGACCAGGAUUGCGAUAAGGAACAUCAAUGUAAAACUUGUACAUUCGCUGGACAUUGUUUUGCUGUUCAAAACUACACAAGAUUCAAAGUCAAAGAAUAUGGCCGUGUCAGUGGUAAAGACAAAAUGAAAGCAGAAAUAUACGAGCGCGGUCCAAUAGCUUGUGGCAUAAUGGCGACUCAUAAGAUAGACCAAUAUCACGGCGGGGUUUAUUCGGAGUACAGUGACGAUAUCGAAAUCAACCACGCCAUUUCUGUUGCCGGGUGGGGCGUGGAUACCAAUGGUGUCGAAUAUUGGAUAGUGCGCAACUCCUGGGGAAGACCGUGGGGUGAGAAAGGGUGGUUGAGAAUUGUUACAAGCGCGUACAAAGAAGGCCAAGGUAACAAAUACAAUCUUGGCAUCGAGACGAUGUGCGUCUUUGCCGUUCCGGAGGUCACUGAUGAAUUAUCUGCAUGAUUUUAACCGAAGUAAAUGAGUGUAAUUAUUCUAAUUAAAAACUGUCUUUAAAAAAAACAAAAUAUAACAUUCAAUCCGAA